AUGGCCCCGAAACUCAACAUUCUCGCCGGUACAAUAGCUUUGGUCGGCAUACUGUUAUGGCGUAGCGGACGUGCCUUCAACAGCUUCCUCCUGCCUACGCAUGAUUUCCCUAUCGCCUACUUCUCUGGAGGACUGCACGAUUCUCAAUGCACCACACUUAGGGACCCUGACGAGAGACAAAACGAACUGAAGUACUGUGAGGACGCCACGUUUUGGGACCUUGUGCACUCCGAGUCCGGAGAACUACAGGAUAGACUGGUGAUCGCCAGUUGCGAACCGGGAAGGAAGGCAUGGCACCUCGUAAACGGACCGCUAAGGGAUGCAGAGCCGAGAGGUGCGCUCUGGGUGUUUCCCGCGCGGGGUCCUGAGGUAAGGAAGCCCAAGAAGAUCCAGCUCGAGGGAUAUCCGGAAGGCCAUUACUUCCAUCCUAUGGGUCUCCAAGUCUACCCUGCUCAUUCUUCUCAAGACGACUCCUUCAUGUACGUCGUCAAUCACGCGAAGAACGGAGGUUACAUCACUACCAUCGAACAGUUCUCCAUAUCAUGGUCCGAUCCCACCAUCGCUACGCAUAUCCGAACACUGUCUUCUCCACAUUUCGUCUCUCUUAACGCCUUGGCCCUCACAUCCCCGACAUCGUUCUACGUCACGAACGAUCAUUAUCUCGUACCAGAGUACUACGGCUUCCUCGAUGAGGCACUAUACAUGGUCGAGACAUUGCUCGGCCUACCACUCUCCUGGGUCAGCCACGUCUCCCUUCACCCCAACGAAGAAACCUCCUCCGUGAAUGUCGAACAUGAGGUGGUCGCGCGCGGCAUUGCAUUUGCCAAUGGAAUAUCUCUGUCAUCGUCUGGGGAGACCGUGGCCGUCGCUUCGAGUUCCCUCGCAGAAGUCCUUUUGUUCAACCGCGACCCAUCAAGCAACGCCUUGUCAUUCUCAUCUCGUAUCCCACUACCAUUCGCGCCGGAUAACCUUGCGUUCUAUCACCGCGAUGGUCACGGAGACGCUGAAUCACUGAUAGUCGCGGGCCACCCUCAUUUUCCCUCGCUGGGCUCAGUUGCUCAGAACGUACCAGGCGCCAUCGCCCCAUCUUGGGUUCUCUCACUCACCCCUCGACCACCGUCGAACGACACCUCCACGUCUUUCUUCAGCUCAUCCAACACAUCAAGCGAGUCACGGUAUGAUACGGAGGCGCCAGUGUCAGCCAGUAGGAAAGCGGGUGCAGUGGAGAGCCACGAGGCGAAAACACUGUAUCAGAGCGACGGAAGGGCGUUCGGAACUAGUGCGAGUGGUCUUUGGGAUGCAGAUGGGGAUAGAGCAGGGAAGGGGGUCUUGUACGUUGCAGGAAUCUUCGAGGAGGGUUUGUUGAUGUGUAGCGAGGCUUGA